GGCGGCGGCGGCGGCGGUGGCAGCAGUUCCGUGCCCGGUGCCUCGCUCGGUCUCUCUCUCCCGCUUCCCCCCGCCGGCGGCAGCAUGAGUGUGGUGGAGCACGUGCGGGAGAUGGCGGCCGCCGGGCUGCACUCCAACGUGCGGCUGCUCAGCGGGCUGCUCCUCACCAUGAGCGGCAACAACCCGGAACUGUUCUCUCCAUCUCAGAAGUACCAGCUCCUUGUCUAUCAUGCAGAUUCCCUCUUCCAUGACAAGGAAUAUAGGAAUGCUGUCAGCAAGUACACCAUGGCCUUACAGCAGAAAAAAGCCUUAAGCAAAACUUCCAAAGUCAGACCUUCUACUGGGAAUGCUGCAUCCACUCCUCAAAGCCAGUGUUUACCAUCAGAAAUUGAGGUGAAAUACAAAAUGGCUGAGUGUUACACAAUGCUGAAGCAAGAUAAAGAUGCCAUUGCUAUUCUUGAUGGGAUUCCCUCCAGGCAGAGAACUCCAAAGAUCAAUAUGAUGCUGGCAAAUCUCUACAAGAAGGCAGGUCAGGAACGCUCCUCGGUGACAAGCUACAAGGAAGUGUUGAGGCAGUGCCCCUUGGCCCUGGAUGCCAUCCUAGGUUUGCUCUCACUGUCGGUGAAAGGAGCAGAAGUGGCUUCCAUGACCAUCAAUAUCAUCCAGAGCAUUCCCAACUUGGAUUGGCUCUCUGUGUGGAUCAAGGCCUAUGCCUUUGUUCAUACUGGAGACAACACCAGAGCAAUCAACACCAUUUGCUCUUUAGAGAAGAAGUCAUUGCUGAGGGAUAAUGUGGACUUGCUGGGGAGCUUAGCAGACCUGUACUUCAGAGCUGGAGAUAAUAAAAACUCUAUCCUAAAAUUUGAACAAGCACAAAUGCUGGAUCCUUACCUAAUAAAAGGAAUGGAUGUUUAUGGUUAUUUAUUGGCACGUGAGGGUCGGCUGGAGGAUGUGGAGAACUUGGGCUGCCGGCUCUUCAAUAUUUCUGACCAACACGCAGAGCCCUGGGUGGUGUCUGGGUGUCACAGUUUCUACAGCAAACGAUACUCCCGUGCCUUAUACUUGGGAGCCAAAGCUAUCCAGCUGAACAGCAACAGUGUCCAAGCCCUGCUGCUGAAAGGAGCUGCUCUCAGGAACAUGGGCAGGGUGCAGGAGGCCAUUAUUCAUUUCCGUGAGGCCAUCAGGCUGGCACCGUGCCGCCUCGACUGCUACGAAGGCCUCAUCGAGUGUUACCUGGCAUCCAACAGCAUCCGUGAAGCCAUGGUGAUGGCAAAUAACGUGUACAAAACCCUGGGGGCAAACGCCCAGACCCUCACUCUGCUGGCCACAGUCUGCCUGGAGGACCCAGUCACGCAGGAAAAGGCAAAAACAUUGCUGGAUAAAGCACUCACACAAAGACCAGACUACAUUAAAGCUGUGGUAAAGAAAGCAGAACUUCUCAGUAGAGAACAGAAGUAUGAAGAUGGGAUUGCCUUGCUGAGGAAUGCACUGGCCAACCAGAGCGACUGCGUGCUGCACCGGAUCCUGGGGGAUUUCCUUGUGGCUGUCAAUGAGUACCAGGAAGCCAUGGACCAGUACAGCAUAGCCCUGAGCUUGGAUCCAAAUGAUCAGAAGUCGCUAGAAGGAUUGCAGAAAAUGGAAAAAGAGGAAAGUCCAACAGAUGCCACUCAGGAAGAAGAUGUGGAUGACAUGGAGGGAAGUGGAGAAGAGGGGGACUUGGAAGGCAGUGACAGUGAAGCAGCUCAGUGGGCAGAUCAAGAACAGUGGUUUGGGAUGCAGUAAAAGCCUCCUGCUGCUUCUUUUGGCACUUGAACACACCACUAGGCCACUCUUCUAAGAACAGAAACUUUGAUUUUUUUGCAGUAACAAAGGACUGUUUUUUUUGGUUUUUUUUAUAGACUCUGAAAUGAAUUAAUAGUUCUGUGCAUCUCAAUACCACAGAGAUUCUUGAUGCUUCUUAUUUAUUAAGAGUAAGGGACUAACUGCAUCUGAGGUUAUUUGCAACUUUAAUUUUGGAA